UAGAUCACUGUCUCUGAAUAUGAAGACCAAAGAAAAGACAUCAGCAGCAUGUAUAACAGAAUAACACUAAAACAACUGCAGAAAAUGGCUCCAAGUUUCCACUGGAAGCGUCUGCUCGACCGCAUCUUCAACGAUAAUUUCUCGGAGGAAGAGGAGAUCGUGGUUUUGGCCACUGACUACAUGCAGACGGUGUCGGACAUCAUCAAAACCACCUCUAAACGUGUUCUUCAUAACUACAUGCUGUGGCGUAUGGUUGCGGCUCUGAGCGAGCAUCUCUCCACGGCGUUUCGCAGCACCAUCCACGAGUUUUCUCGAGAAAUCGACGGCACCGAGCAGCAGCUGGAUCUGGAGCGUCUGUGUCUCACGCAGGCCAACAAACACUUCGGCAUGGCCCUCGGAGCGCUGUUCGUCCAGCAGCACUUCUCCUCCUCCAGCAGAGCCAAGGUGCAGGAGCUGGUGGAGGAUAUUAAACACUCUCUGGACGUGAGGCUGCAGGAGCUCGACUGGAUGGAUGAAGAAACCAAAGACGCCGCCAGAGGAAAGCUCCAGCACAUGAUGGUUAUGACGGGUUAUCCAGACUUCCUGUUAAAGCCCGAGCUCAUUGACGAGGAGUAUGCGUUUGACGUGAACGAGAAAACGUACUUCAAGAACAUCCUGAACAGCAUCAAGUACAACAUCAAACUCUCCAUCAAGAAGAUCCACAAAGAGGUGGACAAGACCACGUGGCUUCUUCCUCCACAGGCAUUAAAUGCGUAUUACCUGCCAAACAAAAACCAGAUGGUGUUUCCUGCAGGAAUUCUCCAGCCGACUCUCUAUGAUCCAGAAUUCCCUCAGUCACUCAAUUAUGGAGGAAUCGGUGCGAUCAUUGGACACGAGCUCACACACGGAUACGACGACUGGGGUGGACAGUACGAUCGCUAUGGCAACCUGAAGCAGUGGUGGACGGAGGAGUCGUACAGAAAGUUCCAGAAGAAGACGGAGUGUAUCGUCAAACUGUACGACAACUUCACUGUGUACAACCAGAGGGUUAACGGGCGUCUGACCCUGGGUGAGAACAUCGCUGAUCUGGGUGGACUGAAGUUGUCUUAUCAUGCUUAUCAGAAGUGGGUGCGUGAGCAUGGGCCAGAGCGUCCACUGCCGGGACUCAAACACACACAUGAGCAGCUCUUCUUCAUCGCCUUUGCUCAGAACUGGUGUAUGAAGAGAAGAUCUCAGUCCAUCUACCUGCAGCUGCUGACGGAUAAACAUGCACCUGAGCACUACAGGGUGAUCGGCUCGGUGUCUCAGUUCGAGGAGUUCGGUCGAGUGUUUCACUGUCCUCGAGGAUCACCGAUGAACCCCGUCAACAAAUGCUCCGUCUGGUGACCGUCUACAUCCCAUAAUACUGUCAGCAACUGAUGUUUACAGCACACACACACACACACACACACACAUACAUACACGGAUCCUUCUGCUCAAAUAAUUAUUUUUUAUAUCUGAUGCUGAGAGUGUUCUGUAAGACUGAUGUUUGUGUAGACUGAUGUGUGUGUGUGCGUGUGUGUGUGUGUGUGUGUGUGUGUGUGUGUGUGUGUGUGUGUGUGUGUGUGUGUGUGUGUGUGUGUGUGUGUGUGUGAAAUAGUGAGUGCGGGUCAGAGAGUGUGUGUGUGUGAGAGAGAGAGAAAAUGUGUGUGUGUGUGUGUGUGUGUGUGUGUGUGUGUGUGUGUGUGUGUGUGUGUGUGUGUGUGUGUGUGUGUGAGUGAGAGAGAGAGAGUAAAUGUGUGAAUGUGUGUGAUAGAUUGAGUGUCUAUGUAUGCAUGCGUGUGUGUUUGAGUGAGAGUGUGUGCAUAUGUGUGUAAGAAAGUGUGUAUGUUAGUGUGUGAGACAGUGAAUGUGUGUGUGAGACAGCGCUGUACUGUAGGCAUGUUGAUGUUUUGAUAUGAUGUGUUUUGUCACACACGUGUUGUGUUUCUGAGUAAAGAAGCUGCUGCUGGAGAACAACACAAUGAUUCCCCAUUGCCUGCUCUGUGUGUGUGUGUGUGUGUGUGUGUGUCUGUGUGCAUUAUACGGACUCUUAUCUUCAGGACACUUAUUUCUGACAAACACACACACACACACAUGCACUGUGUCGCACUGUUGCCUCAGAGCAAGAAGGUCUCUGGUUCGAGUCCCAGCUGGGUCAGUUGGUGUUUCUGUGUGGAGUUUGCAUGUUCUCCCCGUGUUGGUGUGGGUUUCCUCUGGGUGCUCCAGUUUCCCCCACAGUCCAAACACAUGCGCUAUAGGGGAAUUGAUCAACUAAAUUGGCCGAAGUGUGUGUGAAUCAGUGUGUAUGGGUGUUUCCCAGUACUGGGUUGCGGCUGGAAUGGCAUCCGUUGUGUAAAACAUAUGCUGGAAUAGUUGGCGGUUCAUUGCGCUGUGGCGACCCCUGAUAAAUAAAUAAACUAAGCUGAAGAAAAUUCAUUUAAAUUUAAUUUUAAAUAGAAUGUCCAUAUCUGACCCAACAUUGGGUUAAAACAACCCAGCAUUUUUAUGUAAGCAAGGCAUUGGGUUAAUUAUUAACACACAAUCCAAAGCAGAAAGUUCUUGCAAAACAAACUCCACUAACGAAGAAUGAAAGCAUGCUCUAUUAAAUGAUGGGUUGUUUUAACUCAACGUUGGGUCAAAUAUGGAAAAAUCCAAGAGUUUGGGUUUAUAAAAAAAAUCUAUUUUCAAUGUAAUGUGAAAACAAUAACCCAAUCUGGAGCUUGUCCAUAUUUAACCCAACAUUGAGUUAAAACAACCCAGCGUUUUUAGAGUGCAGAUUUCUCCAGAUUUACAAAAUACAGAUAUUAAAUACUGCUAAAAGGGCGGCACAGUGGCUCAGUGGUAAGCACUGUGGCCUCACAGCAAGAAGGUCUCUGGUUUGAGUCCCAGCUGGGUCAGUUGGUGUUUCUGUGUGGAGUUUGCAUGUUCUCCCUGUGUUGGUGUGGGUUUCCUCCGGGUGCUCCGGUUUCCCCCACAGUCCAAACACAUGCGCUAUAGGGGAACUGAUGAACUCAAUUGGCCGUAGUGUAUGAGUGUGUGUGUGUGUGUGUGAAUGAGUGUGUAUGGGUGUAAUGGGAAUAAUUGGCGGUUCAUUCCGCUGUGGUGUGCUUUGGUGGAUAAAGGAACUAAGCCGAAGGAAAAUGAAUGAAUGUUGCACAGUUGAGAUAUUUUUAGACAAUUCUAAAAGAUGUUUAAUUCACAUCUCUUGACCAAAUAUACAAUAUAUAGCGCUUAUAUAUUUCAGUUCAGUAGUUUUUUUAUUCUGAGUUUUAUUUCAAGUCUCAAGUUUUGUCUUUUCUCUGCAUUUUCUAACAUUCAUUCAUUCAUUUUCCUUCAGCUUAGUCCCUUAUUUAUCAGGAGUCGCCACAGUGGAAUGAACCGCCAACUAUUCCAGCAUAUGUUUUACACAGCGGGAUGCCCUUCCAGCCGCAACCCAGUACUGGGAAACACCCAUACACACUCAUUCACACACACACCCUCAUACACUACAGCCAAUUUAGUUGAUCAAUUCCCCUAUAGACCAAUCUAUAGACCAUUUUGAGGAAUGUAAACAAAAACAAUGGUCCCAAUGUAUUUCUUGUUUUACAUUUCUCAUUACUAUAGCUUCCAAAAAGAAUCCAAAAGAGCCUCAUAUUGAUAAAUAAUGUUAUGAUAGCUGAUUUAACAUUAAGUUAUGAUUCAAUUGCCUCUUGUUACAGUAAGAGUAGAGGUGUAACCCUGGUGUCCUGGCCAAACUCCCUCCAUCAGCCCUUACCCAUCAUGGCCUCCCAAUCAUCCCCAUCCACUGAAUCGGCUCUAUCGCUGUCUCUCCACUCCACCUAUAGCUGGUGUGUGGUGAAGCACUGGAGCUGUUGUCCUGUGGCCGCCGGAACAUCAUCCAAGUAGAGCUGCACACUGGUGGUGGAGUGGAGAGAUUACAUGAUUGUAAAGCACUUUGGGUGUAUGACCAUACAUGCGCUACAUAAACACACUCAUUAUGUUUUAAUUAUGAGUUUAUAUCAGGAUUCAGACACAUUUUUACUACUAAAAUUCAAUGAAUGUUCCAAGCCUCCAGAACAUUUUCAUGACGUAAUGUUUCAUGUGAACAUAUACAUGUUAAAUAAUAAGAAAAACAAUGACGUUCAGGUUUAUUACAGCAUAUCACCGAACACGCAACCAUCUAUUUUGUUUAAAUUAGUUUUUAUAUCUCUGUAAAAUUGAUUGUGAUGAUGCUUACACAGCACUAACAAUGUGAGAGCAAGUUUUUUGGCCAAGUGUAACCCCACCGGUCCUACGCCACCCAACCCGCUCCGAGCUGGUAUCGAACCGGCGUCCUUCCGCAUGGGAGCCGGUUGCUCUAACAAGGAGGCUAAAGACAAUGGCCUCUAGCCUCUGUCGCUAGAGCAGCUUUAGAGGUCAGAGGAGUGAGGUUUACCUGCACAGCACUUACUAGCUGGCCUCCGUUACACAUGGACAGAAAAUAAGUAGACAACUAACCUAGAGUAUAUUCAAGUUAGGGCUGCACGAUAUAUGGUUUCAGCAUCGAUAUCGCAAUGUGUGCAUCCGCAAUAGUCACAUCACAGGAUAUGCAAUGCUGGCAUUAUAGUUUAAUAGAGUUUAAUCAUAAUGGAGUAAAAGUUUAUCAUCUGCGUGCAUUUUUAAAGAGAUAGUUCAUCCAAAAACUUGUUGCAAACAUUCUUUCUUUCUUAAAUAAACACAAAAAGAAGAUAAUAAGGUAUGUGCUGAGCUAGUGUGUUUCCCAUACUGAUAAACUUCCGGUGACCUGUUAUUGUGUUUUUUUUCCAUUUUCUGCUGUUCCUUUUACAGCAUGGAUGUUGUAAUGUAAUUCAAAUACAAUCAGUUAAACAGACUUUGGCAUUCAUUUUGUUGCUCAAGCGUAAAACAAGACAAAAAGCCGCCCGUCAGAAUCGGCAGGCUUGCGCAGAAGCUCCAUUGAAUAUACUGGGGUAAAAUAAAUGCUCGUAUUAUAAAGGCAUGAGGGGGGGGGGGAAUGUUAUUUAAUGCAGUGCUUCUCGUACAAUCUGAGACCCACUUUAUAUCAGAUAUCACUCAGCCAGUGGAGAUCGCUGAUUUUGAAAGAAAACAGACCUUAAACCCGCUGAUUUUGCAAUGGCAUACACUUCACUGGAAACGAUUAACCCAGAUUACUGGCCAAUUAAACGUCCUAUAAGCAUGCUUCGGCAUAUACCCCAUUUAAUAACUCCUAUACUAUUGAAAGAAGUCAAGUGUGAGUAAAUAGUGAGUGCAUUUUAAUCUUUGAGUGAACUGUCCCUUUAAGGCAGGGGUCAGCAAACUUGUUCCUGGAGGGCCGGUGUCCUGCAGAUUUUAGCUCCAACCCUAAUCCGACACACCUGAAUGAGCUAAUCAAGGUCUUACUAGGUAUACUUGAAACACCCAGCCAGGUGUGUUGAGGCAAGUUGGAGCUCAAUCCUGCGGGGACACCGGCCCUCCAGGACCGAGAUUGGUGACCCCUGCUUUAAGGCCUGUGACUGUGUAAACGUUUCAAUAUUUCAGAGUUUAAAACAUCCAGCCACAAGAAUGUUUUUGUAAGUUUAAUAAAGAUUAACUAAAAUAUACAAUGAAGACUACGCAGUCUUGAUUAUUCAAUACAUGAAUAGAGAAUACCUGAAAACUAUAAUUCACUUUUAUCUUCGCUGUAUUUUAUUUAUCUCUGCUUGUAAUGUAUUUGUUAUAUAUUAUUCAAGAUUCACUCCUCUACAAAAUCCCCCCAAUUAAUCACUGAAAUUGUAUUCACAUUAAUAUGGUAAUGUCAGAUUUUUUCCAAUAUCGCGCAGCCCUAAUUUAAGUAAACAGAUAUUUGUUCAACUAAUUUUCAUGACUUUUCUAAAACUUUGUGGGUUUUUCUGUUUUUCCAAAACUUUUCCAGGCCUGGAAAAUGUCACGUCAGAAUUCCAUGACUUUUCCAGGUUUUCCAUGAUCGUAUGAACCCUGUUAUGUGCAUUUUUUUUCUUAGUGUUAUUUCUAUCUUGCACUAUCUUGAGAUAUAUUCUCAAAUAUGAAAACAAACUGUGCUUUAUGUACUUUAAAGUCACACUCACCUCUGUUUUUGUCAGAAAUAAGCGUCCAUCAGAUUGCAAAUUAUAUUUUAAUGUGAGUUGGGAUGUGUGUGCCAGAUCUGGAGCCAACAAAUGUGUGAUUUAUUCCGAUUCAGUGUGUUUCAGAGACCAAAUAAUCUUCAGUUUCUGUGUUCUGAUGUUUUCUGUUCCUCUGAUCUUCAUUUCUGUCAAACCUUUUAUGCAACUGCAGCCUGUGAAGAAACACAGACAUGGGCUUUUAUUAUUAUUAUUAUUGUUGUUAUAACACUUUAAUUUUGUAUAAAGUGUUUGCUCAUGGACGUAGAAAGAAAAAAAUAACUUUGUACAGAUGAAUUAUAUGAAAGUUUAAAAAUAAAUAUAUGUACAAGUCAAAUAAAGCAUGUUGAACACGUUAAACUCAAUCAUCAGCAGUUAAACAGGUUUUACCAGUGUUCAGUUCUCGCUGAAUCAUCCAUAAUACAACAUUGAAAUAAAAAUGAGUCGUAUGCAAUAAAUUACAA